AUGCCUCGCUUUAUCCUCUUCAUCCGCGCUGACGAAGACAGCGAAUCUGGUAAAAUGCCUCCCCAAGAAGCAAUCGAAGCCAUGACUAGUUUCUGGAAGGAACUGGUUGCCGCUAAUGUUCUCGUCUACGGUGAUGGCAUGCAUGCCACUUCCAAAUCUACUCGCAUCAUCUUUCCAGGAAAUGGCGUGUCCCCUAUGCUUAAAUCGGGACCCUUCCCUGUCAACGAAGUAGUAGCCGGAUUCUGGAUCCUCGACGUUAAAGAUUAUGAUGAAGCGCUCAUGUGGGCUAAGAAGUGCCCCGUCAUUAAUGCCCCGCAAGGUUGUACACUAGAACUUCGGCCAUUUAUCACGAUGGAAGAUGCGAAGGACAGUUUCACGGACGAGAUGCGCGAGGAACAUGCUAAAGGGAGGAAGCUUCUUGAUGAUAAACUUGGGUUUCAAAAAACCACAAGCGAUUAA